CAUUUUCGUUAUCACUCUUCUUUUGGUUGGUGAUGGAAAUUGGAAAAAUUCAUUUUGUUUUCAGUUUUCGGAAAAUGCUAGACUAGACUAUUUCUGGUUAAAAGAAGUGAUUAGUGAUGGCGUAUUCACAACUUUCGUUACUCUGAAGUCUCAGCUUUUAAUUUUCAGCUUCACAUAUGAACAAUGGCCAGUGAAAUUAUGAAUCUCGAAGUCGAACAAAUAUCCGGUGAUAAGGAAAACACAUCUCUCGAAAAAGAUGAGAGUGAGCUAUCUUCCAAUUUGUCGUUCAAUCCUCCAGUGUACAUACAACGUUAUAACGCAAUUAGCGAUGUUCUAGAUGAAGAAUGGUCUCGGGAAAGAGUUAAAAAAGUUAUAGAUUUCGGGUGUGCCGAAUUUAAACUAUUUAAGCACAUAAAGGAAAUACUCCAUAUUACUCAUAUAUGCGGAGUAGAUUUGGAUAAACAGUUAGUCACGCGAUCAAAAUAUGAGGCACGUCCAUUGCCAUUUCAUUACGUUUUAGGAUUUUCUCAUCCGCUGACCGUUGAAUUAUUCGCCGGAAGUAUAGCAGUUCCUGAUAAAAGACUUUUAGAUGCAAAUGCUGUGAUAUGUAUUGAAUUAAUAGAACAUUUGUACCCAGAUGUACUUGAAAAAGUGCCGUCUACUGUGUUCGAGUUCAUACAGCCGGAAUUAGCUGUUUUUACCACUCCUAAUGCUGACUUCAAUGUACUAUUCAAUAUGGUAGGAUUUCGACACGACGAUCAUAAAUUUGAAUGGACCAGGAAAGAAUUUGAAGACUGGUGUUGUGAAAUAAUUAAUAAAUAUCCUUACGAAGUCGAGUACAGAGGAAUAGGAGAAGGUCCAAAAGGUACAGAGCACUUGGGAUGUUGUUCUCAAAUGGCCAUAUUUCGCAGGAUCGAUUCUAAAGAAAAAAUUCUCAAAGUAGAAGUGGACGAACCUUUCGAAUUGAUCGAGACGUUUGCAUACCCAUAUAAGGAAGAUAAUCGAUCUCCAGAAGAAAAGUUUUCCGAAAUGCUGGUCAGUCGUAUCAACAGAGUGUUCGUUAACAAAUUAUUCGUCAGUGAGGAGGACGAUUCAAAAUUUGAAAUACCGGUUGAUUACUUAUGGGAAUUCAUGCAAGAAAUAUGUCCAAAUCUGAAUAAGUUUCUAGAAAUUUUGCGGGAAAAAGGUUACGAAAUUUUCGAGAAAGAUAAUGGACACGUUUUAUCGAUAAUUCAAGAAGAGGAGAAUUCCGAUUCUGAUGAAUAUUGCGACAGUGUUACGUCAAUUGAAGGUAAAAUGGAUGACGAUAAUAUUUUGGAAGAAAAUUGGUAAAAUUUAUUUUGUGAUCAAAAAGUGAAUCAGUGAGAACAGAAAGGGACCAAGUCACAAUUUCGGAUUUUUUUCACGGAUAUGUGGGUUUUGCUAUAUGGCGGAUCGACUGGUGAUGUCAGAUUUCCGCAAAACUGCCGGGAAAGUAGUAUUUGGGCGCAGAAAAAGGGCGGAUCUGCAUUGAUGACUUUUUUGUUGAAUUUUUUGAAUUCCCUGAAAAAUAACAAACAUUUUUGAGAAACCCAUUUUUUGAAAUUCAAGUUCAUCUCUGUACUGAAAAAAGACGAAAAAAUUAGCAACUUGGGCAAAACAUUUUACACCUCAAGGGGUUUUUAAAACUCAAUUUAAACGAGAUAGCAGUCUGUUUGUUAUUUCUGAAAAAUGCGAAAAUGGACUUAGCCCCUUUCUGUUCUCACCAAUUCAAGCGUUUUUUAUUGUUUAUAUUUUAAGAUAUUUUGAUAUUUUUUUUUACUUAUUGUGAAAUGAGAACACCAUUUUGUAUGUUUAUUUUAUAUGUAUUUUUAUUAUGUUAUGAUUUGAAAUUUGAAUAAAAUAUUUCAUUACUUGAACGUAA